GAGAUGGCUGUGAGGGAGGCGACGGUGGGCCUUCCCGGGUCCGGGAGGGAAGAAGAAGCGGCACUGCUUUUCGAGAGGGCCCAUUACCGGCACGACCCACGCUGGCUGCUGCCCGUGCCCCCACGUCUCUGCCUGGCCUGCGCGCUGGAGCUGCUGCCGGAGCCCGGUGUGUCGUUGGUGCGCAAGAAGCAUGUGCUGUCCUGCUUCCGAGAUGCUCUCAUGAGGCAUGCCUCCCUGGUCAUGCAGCUGGUGGCUCAGGAUCAGAGAAUCUGCAUCCACUUCAUAAGCAUGCUUUUUGGACUGUUAUGCAAUGUGGAGGAUGGGAGUGUAACAGACCUCUGUAUUGAAGUCCUUAUCCAGCUUACAACUCAGCUGAAGUUAGAGCAGGCCAUUCACUACCUGCUGGAUGAGUGUCACAAAGAGCUAUGUAACAUGCCCUCCAUGCGAGGCAGCCUGGCCACCCUGACCCUCCUCGGCAAGUUGGUGGAUGCCAUCCCUGCUCUGGCAGACAAGCUUGUGAUGGAGCACAGUGACCUCAUGGAACAUCUAUUGAGAGGUUUAGUGUACCCUAAUGAGGGGGUCCAAGCUUCUGUCUGCUACCUCUAUGGGAAGCUGUACUCCUCACCAGUUGCAGCUGAGAUGCUUUUGGGCCAUUUCCGGGAGAAGCUGUGUCCUGUCUUUCUUUCCACGAUGCAUGGUGCCCAGUCAAAGGAGCUACAGAUCAAUUGCCUAGGUUUGCUGAGGCAGCUGCUGAAGUAUGAUCUCUUUGUGUCCAUGAUCAUGAGCGAGUCUGCGCUGGCGGAAAGUACUGAGAGUGCUGAGGGGCCACCAGGAGAGACCUCACUGCCGCUGGUGCUCAAAAAACUUCUUCUCUCCAGAGAUGAAACUCUGCAGGUGGCCAGUGCCCACUGUAUAACCGCGGUGCUGGUCCACUCCCCAGCAAAGCAUGCCCCGGCCUUCCUCCAUGCUGACAUCCCAGAGUUCCUCUUUGAGCAUCUUUCCUCUUCCAAUGAAGUGCUCGUUUGGUCCAGCUGCAACUGCCUGAUACUCCUGGCAGAAGAGCCGCUCUUCUUUUCCAAGUGCCACACAGUGUACGGGAUUGAGUCGGUCGUGAGGAGCCUACACGGGAGCCUGAGGAUGAACAACACUGAGCUGCACAAGCAGGGACUGCUGCUCUUUGCCGAGAUUUUGAUCCGGCAGCCGGAGGAGAUCAAACUGUUCACAAGCUCAGCCAUGUGCAGAGAUGCUGGCCGUGCCCUCCAAGAGGCACUGAGCAGUCCUGUGCUGGAGGUGGCUGCUGAGGCAGUGAGGGCCACUUCUGCCUUUCUGAGGAAGGACCAUCAGAGUGCCCUACCUGUGCUGUACAAGGAACUGCAGGCCUUGCUCGAAGCCAUGCUGAGCCGGUGUGCAGAUUUUUCCCAGACCCCACUGAACUGGAGACCCACGGGCCAUGCCUCCAACAGAGAUUCAGAGAAGGCCAUUCUUCGAAGGGGAAAUUUCCUCCUGAGCACUCUGGAGGGAUUUAGAAAUGCCUGCCGGUUGGCUGUGGAAUUCCAGAACGAGCCUUCGGCCCAGGAGAAUCCAUUCACAGCUCCCGGUGCGGAGAACGAAGACACCUUGGAGGCCUUCUCAGAAUAUCUUCUCAGUGCCUGUGACUCCCUGUGUAUCCCCUUGGUGAUGAGGUACUCAGAGCAGGCCACUAACCCAGCCUUGAUGAAGGUGUUCCUCUCGAUUCUGCACAGCCUUUUUGUCGUCGUUCCCCACAUGAAGGAGAAAUUUUCCAAGAAGCUCGCUGCCUCAUCCUUCAUACAGCUGACUCUGGAACUAAAGGCCAGGUUCUGCAGUGACUUGGGUCACUCCGCCCUAAACCAGGUGUGUUCCAGUUUCCUCUACUCCAUGUGCAUCAACCUCCUCUCCGCUCCAGAGAAGACAGCACCACUUUCCCAAGAAGAACUCUCUGCAGUGUCUGAGCUCCUGCAGCAUGGAUUGCCCCAGAUAAGCAGCAGGAGCCCUGAAAGCCUUGCUUUCCUGUCAGAUCGCCAGUACAUGGAGGGAGCUGCUCGCCAGAAGCAGUAUUGCAUCCUGCUCCUCUUCUACCUGGCCUACAUCCACGAGGACAGGUGUGUCUCAGAGGCGGAGUUAUUCAUGGCCGUGCAAAGCUUCCUUCUGUCCCUGCAGGACCAGGGCGAGCGCCCUCCACUGGUGGUCUUCAGAGCUUCCAUCUAUCUGCUUGCAACCUGCCAGGACAAAGAUGGUGCACUAGAUGAGGCCGUGAUCAGUGCCAUCAGAAAAUUCCUGGAGUGGGUCCCGGACUUGCACCUAGUCUACACCCACCACCCCCACCUACUCAGGUUAUUCCUGUUGUGUCCAGAGCUGAUGAGUAGGUUUGGGCACCGUGUCCUGGACCUUUGGUUCUCCUGGGAAGAGAGCAGCUAUGAGGAGCUGGAUGAUGUCUCCUCUGGUGGGCAGCCCACCCUUCCUGCCAGCUUAGCAGUCCUGUUUCGCAUACUCAGAAGCAGCCCCAGCAUCCUGCUCAUUUUGCUAGACCUCAUCUAUUCCAGCCCCGUGGACACAGCCCGCAAGGUACUGAUCAUCCUGAGGACCUUUUUGAGGAGGAAUGUGGAUGUCCAGGUGGGCGGUCUCAUCCGAGGCCACUUCCUGUUGAUUCUACAGCACCUACUGCUGGAACAUGGGUCCUCCCCCUCAGGAGCCUCGGGGAACCUGCCUUUGCUGCUGAGCCUCCUCUCCUUGGUGCAGCUGAGGAACGAAUCAGAGCAGGAACUGGACAGCAUGGCCAUGAAGCUCCUUCACCAAGUGAGCAAGCUGUGUGGGAAAUGCAGCCCCACUGACACGGACAUCCUGCAGCCCUCCUUCAACUUCCUGUACUGGAGCCUUCAUCAGACCACGCUGGGCAGUCAGAAAAGAGCUGCUGCAGUGCUCCUGAGCAACACAGCCCUGAUAGAGCUUCUAGAGAAGAUGCUGGCGCUCACCUGGGCCGAGGAGGGCUCGCCUGGGACCACGCUCCUCUGCUCUGCCUGGCUGCUCACUGCCUCCUUCUCUGCCCUGCAACACAGUGGCGGUCUGCAGGUUCACCAGACGCUUUCUGUGGAACUGGACCAAGUAUUGAAGGCCCUCAGCUUCCCAAAGAAAAAGGCUGCACUGCUCUCAGCUUCUAUCUUAUGCUUCCUGCGGACAACCCUGCACCAAAGCUUCUCCUCUCCCCUGGUGACCCUACUGCCCUCAGGGGCCCAGCCACCGCCAGCCCCUGAGGACACUGUCCUGUCCCCACUGGGAACAUCACAAGUGCUGUCCCUGAUCAUUGGACUCCAGAACCUCCUGGUGCAGAAGGACCCUCUGUUGUCUCAUGCCUGUGUUGGCUGCCUGGAGGCCUUGCUUGACUACCUGUACGCCCGGAGCCCAGACAUUGCACUUCAUGUGGCCUCCCAGCCCUGGAAUCGUUUUUUGCUCUUUACCCUCCUGGAUGCUGGAGAGAAUUCCUUCCUAAGACCUGAGAUCUUGAGGCUCAUGACACUGUUUGUGCGGUUCCGGAGCAGCAGCAUCCUCUCUCCUGAAGAGGUGGGUCACGUGCUGCAAGGCGCAGCUUUGGCUGACCUCUCUACCCUCUCAGAUGCCACGCUCCAGGCUCUGCGUGGCUUCUUCCUGCAGGUCCAGAGCACGGGCCUCCUGGCUGAUCACAGCAUGGCCCAGACCCUGCAGGCCUCCUUGCAAGGCCUUUCCCCCAGGGCCUCCAUGGUCCAGCCACCCCUGCAGGACAUGCUGAGCGGCACGGUGGGCGGAGCGGCGCUCAGGGUCCCGCGCGGCUGUUCGCUGGCUCUCAAGAGGUUCCGCGACUCUGCUGAUCGCUCGCAGACCCUCGAGUUGAGCUCCGCCGAGCUGCACGCCGACUGCCUGCCUACUCGCCAGCGGCGCCGGACUGCUCUAAAGGCUUGGGGCAGCAACCCUGGUCUGGUGAGCCCGGGUAGCCGGCUCAGAAUCCACUACAAGCGAUCUCUGCAGAAUGGGUUCAGAAUCGCACGCUGA